UCAAUCUAGCUUCUAAAAUGAUUUCUUUCUCUAUAUUGAUUUUUUUAUUUUCAUUAAUUGUGUCAAAUGAUGGCAAUCCUCUAUCUCGUUCUUAUAUCCACAAUCGGAUGAAGAUAAUUGAAGAAGAAAACAAAAUGGCUUUUGGGUCAUCGAUUGGACUAAGUCCAGCUGAAGAGCUAGCUAAUCAAUGUUUAAUGAAAGCUAAAUUUGAUGAAGUCGAUCACGGAUAUCUGCAUCCGACUGAAUUUCUGCCGGCUCAAAACUAUCUAGAAGUCAGUAAAAAAAUUAAAAAUUCCGUUGUAUAUCAAAUGAUUCGUAAAAUGCCAAAAGGUGGACUGUUUCAUGCCCACAUAUCAUCCAUGUUACCACCUGAAGAGCUUAUGAAAUUUACAUAUGAACCAAACUUGUACAUAUGUAAAACUAAAAAUUUAGUAUAUAAAUUUGUAUUCUCGAAAAAUCCUCCGGGAAAAAAAUGUGACUGGAAACUUUUGUCUGCUAUGCGUAAACGAGACCCUAAAAUUGACGCAAAAAUAAAAAAAAGUUUAGUUUUACAAAGAUCUAAAUUCGAAGAUUUAAAUGUCGUCUGGAAUGAUUUUGAAGAAAUAUUUGACACCGUAAGAGGCAUUAUAACAUACAGACCUGUCUUUGAAAAAUAUCUUCGUGGUGUCCUAGAGGAAGUGUACAAAGAUAAUAUUAUGUUUGUCGAAAUUCGCAGUGGUGCAUCUCAGUUAUACGAAUUAGACGGACGUUAUCUUGAUACUGUCAAAUCGGUUGAAGUAGCUUUUAAAAUUGUUAAAAAAUUUACUAACGAACACCCAGACUUCUUAGGAAUGAAAAUGAUAUAUUCUCCACACAGAAAUCCAUCUCCCGAAAGACUCAAGGAGAUAGUUCAAACUUAUAUGCAAUUAAAAGCAGCUUUUUCAGAUAAGAUCAUCGGUUUCGAUUUUGUUGGUCAAGAAGAUAAACUUCCGAGUCUCUAUUCAGUUGCACAUGUAUUAGAAACAUUUCCAGCAGAUACACAAUUUUUCUUUCAUGCUGGUGAGACCAAUUGGUAUGGACAUCCUUCAGACCUUAACCUGGUCGACGCAGUUCUUUUUAACACCAAGCGUAUUGGACAUGGCUUUGCUCUGCCUAAGCAUCCAAAAGUUAUGGAAAUCGUGAAAAAUAAGGGAAUAGCCAUUGAAAUUAAUCCAAUAUCGAAUCAAGUUUUGAAAUUGGUCGAUGAUUUACGUAAUCAUCCAGCAAGCGAAUUUUUCGCUAACAAUUUGCCCGUUGUCGUGUCAAGCGAUGAUCCAUCUUAUUGGGAUGCUAAAAGUUUAUCGUCCGACUUUUACGAAACUUUCGUCGGUAUUAUGUCGAGAAGUGCAGAUCUCAGAUCUCUGAAGCAAUUAGCUUUGAAUUCCAUUACUUAUAGCGGUCUCGACGACCAAGAGAAACAUGCAGCAAAAAAAAUUUUCAAAACCAAAUGGAAGGAGUACAUGGAUAAAUUGACUCAAAGUAAAUAUUGUACGGAAAUCAAUGAAACAAGUUGAUCGAAGAACGCAAUUUUAUAAUUUGUAAUUGUUUCUCUCUUACAAAUAAGUAUAGAGGGUUAUUAUUAGCUUGUAAAUUUCGAAAACAUAUGUCGCUUGAAAUAUCGAAUAAAGCAGCAAAAUAAAAGCAA